AUGCAUGAGAACGUCAACCACAGCCUGAAGGACCGUCUCAUCAAAGCUUUGCAAAUCCACCAGUCGGCUAUAAGCACAAAAACAUUGAGAUGGGCAAGACUUUUCGUCUCAUUCCUGCUACCAAGUUUUAUACAUGGCUCUAAGACCCAUGAAAGUCGUUCUUUCACUCCUUCACUUGACGGUCUGAGAGGAUAUGCCGCUCUUGCUGUCAUGAGCUACCACAUCCUCUACACCUACCAGGCUAUCGCUUUCUACGGUUAUGGACUAUCCCAAGAAGCAUUCGCAAGUUCAUGUGCGCGACCUGAGGAUUCUUAUGUUAAGUAA